AUGGCAUUCCAGCAGCCCCAACGGCCGCGGGUCGCACGCCCGCCCUCCUUCUCCUAUCCUGCGCCCCAGCAGUCCAUCGACGCGCAGCCGCUAUCCUCGCCGCAGCAGCGCAAGCGGCCGCUCGACGAAUCAGAGGAGUGGGUCCUGUUCUCGCCGUCGGCCGCGAGCUCGACCACGCGCUCGCACACUGCGUCGACGCGCCGAUCGCCGCGCACGGCGGGCAUCUCGCGCUUCAGCGAUUUCGCUUCGAUAGACACGGCUGCACGGUCAGAUCGCUAUGAGGAGGACGACGAGGACGAGGACGAGGACGAGGAUGAAGAAGAUGACGACGAUGAUAAUGAUGACAUCACAUGCCAGGGCACCGAGGACGGCGAGACGGAGGAGCUCGACAGCUUGGACGACGGCCUGCGCGCUUUCCACGAGCCCUCGGAACAUAGCCUGCGCCCGGACGAGAGCACGCAGACCGUCUUCCCGACGCACGAUGGCCUCGGGACGUUCCCCGCCAGCAACUCGGCCAUGCAGGAGCAGCUAUGGCAGUUUGAGAGGUAUAAUGCCAGCUCCCGCUACAGCAAGCACCAGCGGCGCAGAUCCAGCGUGCAGCGCAAGCUGGACGCGCUGCAAGAACAGGAGGAGAAUAGCGAGCAGAAUGAGAGGGUCCGCCGGAUCGAGAAAUGGCGGUUAGAGCAGAGCCGGGCUCUGCUGGACGAGAUUGAGCGCGAGACGCGGAGAAGACGCCGCAUGAGCCGCGCCAGUCUGGCAAAGUCCACAACGACCGCGGAGAUGGAGGCCGGCCCUUCUGUCAGCGCCACCAACGUCGAUGCGGCCGAGGAAGGGAAUAGCAGCAGCGCCGCGCAAGAGGAGGGUGCCCCGGAGAACGAGUCGUUUUGGCAGCGCUUCACGCGCCGCGUCAUCCGCGACCUGAUGGGCAUCGACGAGAACCUGCUCUCUGUUAUCCUCGGGGAGUCGUUACCGACAGAGGCGGCGGCAGCGGAAGCCUUGUCCUUAUCGAGAAGUAUCCCAAACAGGUCCGCGACACAGCCGCAGACCACGGGUUCUGAAGUCGCACUCUACCCCGGCGACACGUGGGAGCACCGCCUCCUCGAGCGCAUUGCCCGCGAGCUCGGCAUCCUCGUCCACCAGCUCUCUGAGCACCCCGGCGCAUUCACGACGUACCUGCGCGCGCAGGAGCCGCCGCCAUACGCGGGCAUCGCGAACGCGACCACGACCUCCAAGUCCGAAAACACACAAGACCAAGGCAGCAGCAGAAGCAACACGGCAUACACCGUCGACUCCGCCGCCCUCCCCACAACAUCCUACUCCGAAGCAGCCCUCUGGGGCAUCGAAGAAGAGCCCGAACCGCCCCCAGCAGCAGCAGCAGCAGCCACAACCCCAGCCCAGCCCACCACAACGGCGCAACCCGACCCCGCCCGCCGCGACCGCGAGUACUGGGAGCAAGACCUGGACGUGCGCAUGGUAUUCAACUUCCUAAAAGGGCGGUUCUCGUCGCGCCCGCCCUCGCCCACAAACGCGUCCUCCACAACAACAACGGCGGCAUCAAGCACGCACGCCAGCACCACCUCGCCAACGCCACCCGCCUCCGCUGCUGCAGCAGUGGCGGACCAAACAUCCACGCCCCACCAUCACCACCACCCCGCCGCCACCCGCGCCGCCCUCAUCCGCCAGCACCACCCCCUCGUCGGCCGCAACCUCGCCGCCUCGCGCGCGCCCGCUGCCACCACACCAACUACCACGCCAACAGCGCAAGCGCAAACCGCCGCGCCGGUAGCGACGCUCACGACGGUGAACGUGACGCGUCGUGACCGCGCGCAGCAGCAGCAGCGUGCUCGCCAUGGCCACAGCCACAGCAGCUGCGCGAGCCAGAGCACCAAGAAGAGUAAGCGCAGUGCGGGCGGCAGUUCGCGCUGCUAUUGGGAUUUGGGCGGCAGUGGGGUUAGUGUGGGGAGUUAGGUGGUUUGUGUGUGGCGGGGGGUUGGGGUUAAAGGGGAGGGUGUUUUGUGUUUUGUGGGGGUUUGGUUGGUGAAUGGAUGGCUGGGAUGGCGGCGGCGGUGGCGGCGUUGUUCUUUUUUUUUUU